UCUGUUUCCGGAAUCAAUGGCGCUCGUUGUGCUGCUGUUCGUCUCCUCGGUGGAAAGAAGCAGCUGUGAACUCAAACAUGUCGUCGGAGUUUUAUUCAGAAACUCAGUCCAUCAUGGAGACGGUAACGAAGACGGCAGCGGAAGUGACCGGACACUUAAAGAGAGACGCUUCCGGGCGUGAGUCAGACAGAAUCCUGGAAAUGUUGGCACGAGAGGCAACGAGAAAGAUCACUGCCAUUUUCUCCCAACUGACCUCAGUGCUUCACAACGAGAACAAGACCCUGCACGCCACCAUGGGACGGCUGGAGAGCGAGCUGACGGCCAUGACAGAAAACUUUGAGAACGCCAGGAAGUGGAGAGAGAACGUCCUUAACGGCUGCCCGGUACUGUUUGAGCAGAGUGGGCAGAUUUUCACCUUGAAGCCAUUUGGGACGUUAAAAAGAAAAGGUGACGAGGUGAUGGAGGGAGUCACAGAAUCAUCGCCUGCUGCUGAGACGCUCAGUGAAAACAAUGCAGUGAACAAUAAUACUGACACACAGGAAGCAGAAGUCAAGAAGAAAGGGAGGAUGUUCGUAUGCGACGUCUGUAACAAGAGCUUCAGCCGGCAGUUUCAUCUGAUGAAGCACAUGAACACUCACAAAGACCAGAGGCCUUUCGCCUGCAACCAGUGUCCCAGAAAGUUCAGGAACACGGCAACGUUUGAGUUCCACCUGCUGCGCCACGAGGAGAAGAAGUACACUGCCUUCCAGUGCCACAUCUGUGAGAGGACGUUCAAAACGAAAAUGCACUUGAAGACCCACCAGCUUGUGCACACAGACAAGAGGCCGUUCAUCUGCUCCACCUGUGGGAAGGGCUUCAAAACCAAACACAACCUGCAGGCUCAUCUGCUCGUCCACACCACGGAGAAGCCGCACAAGUGUUCAGAUUGUGGGCAGAGUUUCAGAUACGCCUUCACCCUGCAGUGUCACAAAAGUAUUCAUACCGGAGAGAAUCCUUACAAAUGCACAGAGUGUGGGAAGGCUUUUAUAAAGAGGAGGUCGCUGAGGACGCACCAGUCCGUCCACAGAGGGAAACGGUUCACGUGUGAGACAUGUGGAGCGGGUUUCACUCUCCAGCACAACCUGAAGAGACACAUCCGAAUUCACACUGGAGAAAAACCGUUCACAUGUAAAGUCUGCAGCAAAAGUUUCACUCAGGACAACAAACUGAAAGCGCACAUGCUUCUUCAUGGCGCCUCAAAGUCGUUCAUGUGUGACCUGUGCGGAAAGACGUUUCUGUACAACUGUCAGCUGCAGAAACAUCAGAGCGUGACUCAUGAUGAGAGACACGGGCUGGUCGUUCGGAGACGGACGCGGGAACGAAGAAAUCGCACAGUUAUCUAUCGACGGGACAGGACCACAGUGGACGUGACGCCGUUCAGCUGCAAGACCUGCAGGAAGAGCUUCGACUCGGCGACCUCGCUGAAGACACAUGAGCUGAUCCACACGGGUCGCACACAGUACAACUGCCACACAUGCGGAAGGUCCUUUUUCUACAAAGCCACGUAUGACUACCACCAGCGGAUUCACUCAGGAGAUCGGCCGUUCGGUUGUGACAUAUGUGGGAAGAGGUUCAUCAUCCGUCAGGCUCUGAAGUCACACGAACUGCAACACACGGGAGAGAAGCCACAUAAGUGUGACCAGUGCGGCAAGGCCUUCCGGAUCUACACCAACUUCCUCCGACACUUACGGAUCCACACGGGGGAGAAGCCGUACGAGUGUGAGGUGUGUGGAGUGAGGUUCAGGCAGCUCGGACACGUCAAGUUUCACAUGCAGGUCCACACGGGAGAAAGGCCGUACUACUGCAGCAGCUGUGGACUCGGAUUUUCAGAUUCAAGGCUCCUGAAGAGACAUAACUGUGGUGAGAAGUAUCAGAAAACGUCAGAGAACACACUCACAGCGGUCUGAGAGGAAAGCGUUGAAUCAGCCAUGGGGCUUCACUGCAGAAAGAGACUUAACCGAGGUAGAGGUUAUACUUUUACUGAACAAGAACAUGUUUUGGUCUUUAUAAGACUUUGGGCUUAAAUCUGCUCAUUAAACUCUUAAAUUGAAA